GCUUCAUCUUCGCUGGUAACAAAUAAGGUCUAAAGAGCAGGCAAGUGCGUGUUGUACGUGGCUGUGGCUAUAUCGAAUUGUGGCCAACCAAAAGCUCUACAUAUAGCUAAUUUACUCAAUACUCGUGCUAUAAAUAAAAAAUAAAUUGUCACUCAACACUCAAUAAGUUCAACCUCAAAAUAAAUCAAACCAUUUGAGCUCAAUUUAAUUCAAUUCCCAUCUUCGCCACUAAACGUAGGGCGAAAAGUGAUAAACAAAAAUUGUAAAAAAAGAAAUAACGGAACUUUAAGCAAACAGUAAUAAUAGUUGUCAAUCAGUGAAUAUAAACACCUUAACGAUUCCAGCGCUGAUUUCAAGUCCAACUUCAGCUUAGAACAUCUGCUAAGAUAGCACCAGCAAAGCGCACAGCAAAUUAAAAAGCGGCAGCAUCAUGACUAUGGCAGGGCAGACCAUCAACGAUCGGCUCUUGGCAGCGCGGCAUAGCUUGGCCGGUCAAGGCCUGGCUAAGUCAGUGUGCAAGGCCACCACAGAGGAGUGCAUCGGGCCCAAGAAGAAACAUUUGGAUUAUUUGGUACAUUGCACGAACGAACCGAAUGUCUCCAUACCGCAUUUGGCCAAUUUACUUAUUGAACGCUCACAGAAUACCAAUUGGGUGGUUGUAUAUAAAGCGCUGAUAACCACUCAUCAUUUGAUGGCAUAUGGCAAUGAGCGAUUCAUGCAGUAUUUAGCGUCCAGCAACUCAACGUUUAAUCUCAGCAAUUUUCUGGACAAAGGAGGGGUGCAAGAUGGCUUAUCGGCACCGGGUGGCAGAAUGGGCUAUGACAUGUCUCCGUUCAUACGACGCUAUGCCAAAUACUUGAACGAGAAGUCACUCUCAUAUCGUGCAAUGGCUUUUGAUUUUUGCAAAGUAAAGCGCGGCAAAGAUGAGGGUUCUCUGCGGACCAUGAACGCCGAUAAACUGCUUAAGACAUUGCCAGUACUGCAGGCGCAGUUGGAUGCUUUAUUGGAGUUCGAUUGUCAGGCCAAUGACUUGAGUAACGGUGUCAUCAACAUGAGCUUUAUGCUGCUCUUCCGCGACUUGAUACGUUUGUUUGCGUGCUACAAUGAUGGCAUCAUUAAUUUGCUCGAGAAAUAUUUCGAUAUGAAUAAGAAGCAUGCACGCGAUGCUUUGGAUUUGUACAAAAAGUUUUUGGUGCGCAUGGAUCGUGUUGGUGAAUUUCUCAAAGUCGCUGAGAAUGUUGGCAUUGAUAAAGGUGAUAUACCUGAUUUAACUAAAGCUCCUAGUUCUCUCUUGGAUGCUUUGGAACAACAUUUGGCUACUUUGGAGGGUCGCAAAGUAUCCGCCGCUAAUACACCAACACAAUCGGCAAGCAAUCAGAAGAAUGUUAAAUCCGCUGUCACUGCCUUAUCUUCCACCAGCUCAUCCUUUGGCACAGCCGCCGCAUCAAGCAAAUUCGACACGACCAAUGGCAUCGAUGAGCAAUUGAAAGCCCAGGUAUUGGCCGAAGAGGAGGCUGCAAUGAAUCAAUACAAACAGUCGAAGGUCUCUUCACCUACUGCAGGCGGUGCUGGUGCUGCACUAACAAAUCCAUUUUUAUCGUCGCCGCCAGCCAGUGGCGCUGGCGCACCGAUAGUCGAUCUGUUUGGUGCAGCUCCGGCAACGGCUGCCGGCUCGACUGGUGACACCGGUGCAGGCGGCACAAAAGCCUCCGAUGAUUUGCUACAAUUGGGAAAUCCAUUUGCUGAUAUGUUCGAUGCACCAGUCGGUGGUGCAGGCGCUGGUGGCGGUGUGACAGCAGCAACAGGUGGUGCACAGAAUGCCAAUAAUAUUUGGAUGCAUAAUAAUGGUUUCAAUGGCGCGCCUUCGGCGGCUGCUAACGCCUUCGUCUCGGACAGCAAUUUUUCAUCCGUUUUCGGUAACACUGAACCAGCCGCGGCUGCUGCAUCCUCCUCUGCCGCGGCGGCCUUGCCAAAUCCAUUCUUCGACACCAUGGAAGCGCCGUUCUUUGGCGCACAGCAACAACAGCACCAGCAAGCGGAUUUUUCAACUCACAGCACCGCCGCUGCCGCUGCUUAUAUGCCACAGGGGGCACAAGCUGCGCAAACGCUCUUUAUGAACACCGCAACUAUGGUGGCGCCGGCGCCACAACAAUUCCCACCAGGCUUUGAUGCUCUGGGUGAUGUACUAAAACCUGGCAUCACUGCCACGCAUCCAGCCGCUUCCAAUCAAACAACUAUUGUCACUGCAGGUGCUCUGGGUAUGGCUGGUAGUCAGCAGCAGCAACUACUCACCCAACAACAACAGCAACAACAACUGUUUCAACAACAACAACAACAAACACAGCCAACUAAUACUGGCAAAAUACUCACUGGCGAUUUGGAUAGCUCGCUUAUGUCACUUGUAGAUAAUCUGAAUAUAAACAAAUCGAGCAGUGCAAAACCCGUGCAAUGGAACUCACCGAAAAAUACAGCGAAACCCGGUGCUAAUUGGACACCUCAACCAAUGGCUGCUACAACUGGUGCUGGCUAUCGUCCAAUGGCACAUGGCAUGACAGUAAGUCCUGCGCCUAUCACAAUCCAAAACCAUCAGUAUAUACACGCUAGUUAUCCUGUUAUACCAAAUUAUAUGCAGCAGGGAAUGCCGGUGAUGGGCCAACCUAUGAUGGGCCAAGCCCCUUUGACUGGCGUACAGCCGACGAUGGCGCCAAUGAUGGCAGCGGCGCCGCAAGCGCUGCACAGUAGUGCGAUAACAAUGCAACCGCAAUCGAUCCAUCACCAACCGCAACAACACAAUGGCAGUAAUAAGGGAGCGCCACCGGAUCCAUUCGGCGUAUUAUAAGUUGGCUAAACCGAUCGGCCGGACAUGAGCAACACUAACAACACAACUACGAAUAAGCGCAGCAGAGCUGCUGCAUAGACGUGUGUGGCGCCAUCCAACAACACUAACAACACUUCGUAUAAUCAAACCACAUCUAAACCGAUGGCAGGGGGGUAUGCAAAAGAAAAGAAAAAAAAAAAAAAAACAAAACAAAGAUUGCUAAAAUGGCUAGCAAAAAGCGCUGGCAAGCGGAAGGGGGCGUGGCCGUUAAUUGGGGGUGCGUAGAUAGCUUAGCUGUGGUAGAAAAUGUUGAUGCCUUCCAUUUGAAAGGGGACCGGGUGCGUGUAGAGCAAGUUGUGCAUGUCAUUCAUAAGAAAACAUAAUAAAAAGUAUAAUAAUAAUAACAAAAAACACGUUUGAAAUUAUAAAUUAAAUACAAUUGAAUACUAUUAUGAUUAUAUUAUAUUAUAUUAUAUACAAUUAAAUGCAAGCAAACAUCAAGAGAAAACAAAAUGUAAUGAAGCAGCGUUAAAAUUAGUAAAUAAACAAAGAGCAUACCAUAAAAUACAUUAUUGUAUUGUACUAUUUCUUAUAAAUAUAAUUAUUCUAUUGUAUUAUGUAACUGCAAAUACCAUUACCAAUCACAAAGAGCGUUCAUUGAAAUGCGUAAAUUAGCAAAAACAACAAAACCAACAAAGAGUUAUACAAAAUAAACGACAAAUAUAUAUAUAAAUUAAACGCAGCAUACUUACUAUUAUUAUAUAUAUGUAUACAUAGUAUAUGAAAGAGAUAUUCGUAUCUAACUAUAUAAACAUACACAGAUGUAUAUGAGUAAUGCAAAAACUUCUAUAAAUUAGUGAUGUAAGUGACACUCAAAGCUGGCACGCUAAUGUUAAAUUACCCCAAAAAAACACAUAAAAGUUAUAUACAGAGAAGCAUACGCAAAGUAGUUCAAAACAACAAAAAAAAAAGAAAAAAAGAAUGAUGUGUUAUAAGUAAAAGAUACUAAAGGUAUUUGUUGUAGUUUGUAUAAUGUAAAGUUGGCGUCAAAUAUAUGUAUAUGUAUCUAAAAGCGUUAAUUUAUAAAUGAUAUAACACGCGAAAGUAGCAGCAAAGCGAAAAAUAAACGCAGCAGCAAAUAUAGCGCAGAACAAAGCAAAACCAAUUAUAUUGUCCCGUUGAAUAUAUGCAGAUUACAUUUGUAUGUAUGUGUAUACAUAAAUUAUGUGUGUAAAUAUAUAUAAAUAUAUAUUUGUAAAAAAUGCAGCAACCGAAAGUUCAAGUUGAUAAGCUAAAGAGAAACGCUAUAAUAAUUACUGUUGCUAAGUGCAGUGUACUAAUCAUAAGCAUAUACCAUUAUACUUACAUACAUACAUAUAUAAAUUUUUUUCCAUUUUGCAUGCAAGCAAAUGACCACACUGCAUGCGACAUAUUUUCUUUGCACACAACAGUUUUUUGUUUUUUUGUUUUUUUCUUCAAAAUAAUUCAAAUCAAAAUAAUUGUAAUGCUGAAGCGCCUGCAACGAAUUUAACUUUUGCAAAAUUCAAUUUCGGACAGCAUGCAGCUUUUUCAAUGUGCUUGGAUUUCUAUAAAUCGUAUUGUAAUGCAAUUAUGACAAAAAAUCGUUGAGCAGCGCUGAUUUUGACGGUUAAAUUACGCAAUGGUUUUAUGUGCUUUUUACAACUCCGCUGAAUAUAUUCAGUAUACAAGUUUAGAAAGCUCUUUUAUGCUGAAUUUAUUCAGAAGCGUUGAAGAAAGCUGAGAUAAAAUGACGCAUUAAUUUAAGUUUGGCAACAUAAAAUCUCGUAUGCGUUUUUUGACUUACAACAUUUACUUACAAAUUGCGCAAACAAAAAUCCACAGUGUUUGUUCUGAAGUUUGUGAUCAUCAUGUCAGAAUUUCUUCGAUACUUGCGCUCAUCGUGAGUUCAAGCGGUUGCAAAAUGAAAAUACAUGUAUGUGAACGAGAUUAAGUAUGCUGACUAAGUAACUCUGCUUUCUUUUCUUGUCUUUAAUUAAUAAGUGUCAGUCAGGCUAACUCAAAAUUACUUGUUGACUACUUCCGGCACAUAAAGUUUAAUAUUAAUGACAUAUAAUCAAUUGUGAGCUGACAAAUGUGCUUGAUUUGCAAGCCAGUUGUGUGUAUAACGUCAGCUAAAAUGCAAAAUAACAUAACAGCACUUUUCAUAAGUUUACAGGCGUAGGAAAAACGGUGUAAUAUAAGCCACUCAUAUUGAAACAAAAUUUUGUUUUGGUUAUAAAAUGGUUAUAUAUUGGUUAUAUAAUAGUUACGUAUUGGUUAUAUAACAGUUAUGUAUUGGUUAUGUAUUGGUUAUAUAAUGGUUAUAUCUGACAGCGGCAGUUGAACAUUUUAUGCAACAUAUAUGUAAUAUGAUGUAGUGCAUUGUAAGCAAUAAAAAACUCAAUUUCGAUACUCUGAUGUUACGUUAUUUUGCAUUUUAGGUGACGAUAUGUAAAAUAAACUGUUUACUUAAAUACUUAAAUUAGCUUUGUUUGCUGAACGACUGCACAGCAAAUCUGUUUGGCGUAAAAAUUUGUUGUUCAUUAAGUAUUUUGUCGACUCUAAGUAGACUUCUAUGUAUGUACCUUACUACUUCAGGAUUUUGUGCCUAAAUUAUAUCGCUGCUUUAGAUACUUUUUUUAAAUCACACAUCAUACUUGUGCCUGACUGUUCAUCUUCGCUGAUGUGUCUGCAUUCUAUUGUCUGCGUUCGAGCCUGUUAAUAAUUGUGUCUAGCGCAUAGUAGAUUUCUAAACAAUAAUAAAUAAUAUACUUAAUCAUUUCUGUUCUCAAAAAAAACGCAUUCCAAAUUAAUAACAAAAAAAAAAAAACAUUGAGAGAAAACGUGCUUAAAACUUCGUCUGUUUGGUAUUAAAAAUAAAUAAAUUAUAUUAUAUAAAUUUUAUAAAUUAAAAAAAAAAUUAGUUAAAUAUUUUUUAUUACGUCAAGUUUUAAUCACCAUAAUUUUGCAAUUUUUUGUAUGCUUAUGUCAACGUUUUCAAAAAUAUUUGUAAAAUAUUUGGCGCUAAAAACUGUAGUUGCUCUUUGAAAAAGUUCUAAAAUGUGUGAUUUUUCCCCUUUUAAAUACAAUUUUUUUUAGUAUUUCAAAUAAUUAGUAGCACUGUGCAAAUGACGCAGCACAUACUAGUGAGUAAUGCGUAUAUUUAAAUGUUAAAAUUUAUUUCUAGUUUAUAAAUAAUAUUCGCAGGUAUGCUAUGUAAUUAUGUUAAAUAUUAUUAUGUAUCUGUAUGUAAAUUUGCAAAUUUUGAUGUAAAUACAACAGAAAAACAAAACUCUUUACAAUUCUAUUUGAGAAGUGAGUCGUGGCAGUUGUAGAGAACGAUAAUUUAUAUUACCAUAAACGACCAAUACCAAUAAUUCUGAACUGUUUUGUGUAAGUUAAUUGAUAAUAACGAAUCGUAGCUUAUGAUUGUAAUGAUGAUGAUAAUAAAAAUAAACAACAACAAACGUA